AUGACUGAUUUCUCUACAGUGUCUAAGGAUCAGCCAGAGGCUACUUCUGCAAGAGUUCCACAAAUUCAAAGGAAGCACUCUACUUCUUCUUUAAGAAGAAGUCGUAGAAAUGGCCAUGCAAGAAGGGUCCCCAGAUUCAACUUUAAAAAACAGAUGGACAUGGAAGGUACAAAUUAUGAUGUUAUCACUUCAGUAGCAUAUUUGAAUGAGAAAUAUGGGUUAAGAAAGAGUCAUUACAUCGAGAAGUUUAUUAAAUGUAUUCAUAGAAAGAUCAAUAUAGAUGCAAGUAAGAUUAAUAACAAGUACGUGGAGAAUUUGGAUCCAUGGGUGAAAUCUAAACUUUUCCUUUUACUGGUGGCAUUGUCUGAAAAAGGUGGUCCUGAAUACUGGGUGGAUAAAGAGGACCAAAAGAAUGACAAUAAAUAUAUUGAGUCUAACAAGAUACACAUUGAGAGCCCAAAUUUAGAAAGAAAUAAUAAUAAUAGUAAUAAGAUUUCACCUGCCAUCAAAUCAAAUGAGAGCCAAGAUCUGGCACCCUCAGAAGAUACCAUAGAUCAACAUGCUACUACUUCUAAAGAAAAACACCAUGAAGAUGAGAAUGUCUAUUCUGAUAUUGAUAACACAUAUUAUAUUACUACCUUAACUGAACAUAUCAUACAACAGAAUAUUAAUCAUGACUUCAAUGAAUCUACAUAUGACGAAAAUUAUGUAUUUUCAUCUAUAUGGGCAAAUUUCAUGGAGGGUCUGAUUAAUCAUUAUUUAGAAAAGAUUAUUGUUCCACAUUCGGAAAUGAAAGUUUGCCAACAAUUGUACAAACCUAUGAUGAAAAUAAUAUCAUUGUACAAUGAGUAUAACGAAUUGAUUGAAAAAAGUGAAAGAAAUGGCUUUUUAUCCACACCAUCCGAUAUUAAGGAGAAAGAACAGGAUAUAGAUAAGGAACAAGAACAAGAUAAAGAUAAAAAACAAAUGGAUAAUUCCACUGAACAAGGCAAAUCAAACGAUGAAAGUCCCGAUUAUAAAUUGACAUUGGCGAGUAUACAUGAGGUAGCAGACAAAAAUAACGAUUUAGUAUCCCAAGAACGAUUAGAAAGAGCUCAAAAGUUGUUAUGGCAAGCAAGACAGGAUAUUCCAAAGACCAUAAGUAAAGAAUUAACACUACUAUCAGAGAUGUAUUCCACAUUGUCUGCAGAUGAACAAGACUAUGAAUUGGAUGAGUUUGUUUGUUGUGCAGAAGAAUACAUUGAAUCAGAGUAUUUACCAGGAUUAGUUAAAGUUCUUUUCGCUAAUUGUGGCUCUAUUGCAUUUUGGAAAGUUUUGUUAGUACUUGAACCUUUCUUUUAUUACAUUGAAGACGUUGAAGAAAGUGAGGAAGAAGAUAUUGACGAAACCACUGUGAUGGAUAAUGGUAAAUAUGGAGAUAAGAAAAAACAAUCUUUUAAACCAGAUCCAAGAGUGAUAACAUUAGAAAAAAUAUGUGAAGUGGCAGCAAAACAAAAAUGGAUCUAA